AUGCAAGAGAAGCUGAGGGAGUCCGAGGCGGCCGGCGCUCUUGGGCCCCAUCGCAACGACCGUAAGAUGGAGAAAGAGAAUGCGAAGAUGGGAAAGACUGUUCGCCACGCCUCGUCAUCUCUUGGGUUUCCCGCGCGCAUUGCGCUGGCGUAUCAGGCGCUAAAGCGUAGCCACGAGAGUGAGGGCGUCCGUGGUGGGAAUAUGUCGCAGGAGCAGAACAGUCCGGAAAAGGAUUGCCGGGUAGGGAUUGGAAUUAAGACGAGUAGUCAAAACCGUAUCGAGAGUAUAGUCAUCGAGUGA